GCAGCACCGUAUGGUACAAGCCGUGUAGCAGAGGUGGUCAGAUCGAGGUGAGCCUUACUUUGCGGGUCACUCUGACGUCCCUGGUGUGUGUUUCGACAAAAUGGUGUCUCCAUUAUUUCCCUUGGUCUGCUUUUUCCUGCUGGUCUCACGUGGGCAUUGUCAAACAGUCAAUGACACAGACAGUCUAAACCCUGCCACCACCACAACAGCUUCAGCCAGACCGUCCACAGCUACUCCUCAGCAGGCUAUGGAGGAUCCUUGUGUACUUGGGUUGAAUGCCUGCCGGCACAAUGCCAAAAAUGCAGAAGACAGGUUUAUAUUUUUUAUCAAAGAUGUGGAGGCUUAUUUUACUUGUGUCCAGGCAGUCCACUGUAACGCCACAGAGGCUGGUCAAAUGAGAAAGACUGAAGAUCUAAACGAUGCAAGAAAGAGCCUUUCCCAGUUUUCAUUUAAUACAAGCAAUAUUGAGAAUGAAGCAAGUUCAAUACUCUUUCUAAAUGGUUUUCUUUUAGUUGUCUCAAUUGUCUCAUUUAUUUCUUUUUGAAUGUAUCAUCCUCUCAUCAAGGUAUUUGUAGAAAUCUGUUGUCAACAUUUUGUUAUCUUCUUGUUUGUUUUACUUUUCUUGUUUGAUAUUAAGAAAUAGCUCUCAAAACUUAUGUUGGUCUUAAGAAGGUGACCAUGGUUGGUUUGUUUGAAGUAAAAGUACCAAGUCAUGGUCCUGAGAACCAGCUGUCAUGUUCAUAAAUAAUGUUAUCAUUGAGAAAUUUUUAUGUGACUGCAUUUUUAUAAUACUUGUUGUUUUCUAAUAAAAGCUAAUGAGCUGAA